AUGACUAACAAUGAUGUCCGGAUCACGUCAUGGCUUCCAAGCCAACUUCCCCCUGGAGAUGCCAGGCAGAUGGAGAACUCUGGAGAGGGCAUGCAGGACCAGAGCUGUUCUAUAACGGUCAGCCGUCUCAGGUCAGCCAAUCCCAGUCAUUGUUGUUGUCAGGUGAUCCCCAUGGAGGAGGGGGGGUGUAGCUCAGGACGCUGGAUGAGGGAGGAGCAGGGGGAGAAGGAGGAGGCCAGAUGGCCAGCAGGGGUGUGUGGCCUGACUAACUCUGGUAACUCCUGCUACAUGAACGCUGUCCUUCAGUCUCUCCUCUCCACUGUACCCCUGGUGGAACACCUCCUCAGUUCACACACACACAACCUCCUGGCCAAUCCUGUAGUGGGGGCGUUUGUGCGCCUCUUUCAGGUGGUGUGGCAGGGCCAUACCAACUGCACCUCCCUGAGGGAGGUGAGGGCAAUGGUCUCCUCUCUGCACCCCCAGUUCGACAACCAAUCACAGCAGGACGCCCAGGAGCUGCUCCUGGUCCUUCUCAACGCCCUGCACAACAACCUCAAGAAGAAGGGCGCGAGGCUUCUGACCCGUUCCACACAGCGGUCGCGUUGCGGCAGGAAGUUCGCCGGCGCGCCAUCAGCACCGGCGGAGUCUUCGGUGGUGACGUGUCUCUUCGAGGGGCAGCUCAGCUACCAGACGCUGUGCGGGCACUGUGAAGAACACACCCACAGCACCCAGGUCUUCACCGUCCUGUCUCUACCUCUGCCGACCGACGCGCACAAGUGCUCCCUGCAGGACUGCCUGUCCCUGUUCUUCCAGCAGUGUACGUUAACGUGUGGAGACCAGAAGUUGUGUCCACAGUGUGGAGUGAAGAGAGACACAGCUGUCCUGACCAGCUUGGCCGAAGCCCCCAGGGUCCUGGUGCUGCAUCUCCAACGUUUUGGAUGCCACGGGAUUGAGAAGAGGAAGCUGAGGACCAACGUGCUGUUCCCAUUGGAAGGUUUAGACCUGAAUCCCUUCCUGUCCAGCCCCUCAGCCAAUCACACCAAUUACUCUCUCUAUGCAGUGGUGAACCACACCGGAGACUUGAACAUGGGUCAUUACACAGCCCUGUGUCGCAAUGCACGGUCUGGCAGCUGGUACCACUUCGAUGAUGCAACAGUGAGAGAAGUGGAGGACUUCCUCGUCCAAUCUCCUAAUGCCUACCUCCUUCUGUACAGCCGUCAGCCUUUCCACGUGCCUGACAUACCCCGACCCGACUUGCCUUGCCCGAAAACAUAA